AUGUUCUGCCGAUCUUCACUCAGAGGCGUGUCUCCAUCAUCUCUCAGCAACCCUUGCCGGGCGAGGUUCAUUGCGGCCGCGAACGUUAUCGGACGUCCUCCACGACCGCACUACGUCGGAACGCUACCAUCAUUAGCUGUACCACCUGCGGCGAGAAAGGAAGUACUGGGACUUAGCGCGUUCUCGUUCCGACAGUUGCGCCGCGCCGAUCUUUCGACGCAGGCCGCUGACUUUGAUCCCAACUCGGAACACAUGCAGCGCACGUCCACCAUCGUAGUCGGACCGCUAUUCCCGGGCUUCGGUGAAAGCUCCCUCAGGACUGCAUUUGCGACUUGCGGAAAGAUCGUACGCGUCAACAUUGAGUGGCGUUUUACCGAAGGCGAACUGCUGGGUUACGGCUACGUGAAUUUUGGAGACGUCCGAGCUGUGGAGAGGGCGCUUCAGCUCGACCUGUCGAUCCUCAGACGGCAGACGGUUCACAUUCGCGCGAUCGUUGUCGAUAGGAGCACGCUUACGGUUCAGGGCCUUGCGUGGGGUGUCGACAAAACUCAUCUGAGGUCCUUAUUCGAGCAGUACGGCGAGGUCAUCGAUGUUCGCGUUCGCAAGACGUCACCGCAUAAAGGACAACGCCGCACCCUUGUAUUUAUUCGCUUCUCGUCGCCGAAAUCAGCAAGCAGGGCUUUCCGAGCCCUUGACAGAACGAGCAUUGAUGGGGAAACUAUCUCGAUCAGUUACUCCACGUCAGCGCAGAAGAGCAGCAUCUAUCAUGCCGCGAAGAGAGAGCCUAUCCGCGAUGCGAUAGUUGUCGAAGGUCUUCCUCCGCAAGUGCGCGAUGACUCGCUCAAAGCAGAACUCGAGCGAUUCGGGACGAUUGACUUUGUGCGCGUUCAGAGAGACCUUUCCACGGGCGGCAGCUUUGGUACAGGCAACUCUCUCGGAUACGCCUAUGUUCGAUUCACCUCCGCCCAAGUCGUAGACGAGGUGUUAGGGCUCGACAAAUGUCUCACCAUUGCCGGACGCCCCAUCCGCAUUCGCCGAGCUCCCGCGUUCUUGCCAGCUCUUGAACCAAGCCGGGUUCAUUCGGGAGAGCAUGACCCGACCACAGUCUGGGUCAGCGGGCUAACCCGCAACGUGGACGGCGCGCAACUCAGGAAGCAGUUCAAACGCUUCGGUCAAAUCAAAGUCGUCUACAUACACAGGGAUCGUGUGUCGCACAAAUCACGCGGGUUCGGGUUCGUCACAUUCGCUUCGCCAGAAGCAUUGGAGGAGGCCUUACAACUUGAUGGCGAGAUGAAGAUCGAUGGGUUCGCAAUCAAGAUUCAGAGAACCCCGGGCCCCAUUCGCUAG